AUGGGAGGUGUAUGCUGGAGAAAUCUGCUGCUGCUACUAGCUGCCCUAGUCCUGGUGGCCAAAUUGGGUCACUUUCAAAGGUGGGGAGGCUUCCAGAAGAAGUCCAUGAGCAAGAAAAACAUGAAUUCAACACUCAAAUUCUUCAUUGAAAACUACAACAAUGUGAGCAAUGACACCUACUUAUUUCGAGUAGACAAGCUACUUCAAAGCCAUAUGCAGCUGACUACGGGAGUGGAGUAUCUGGUCACUGUGAAGAUUAGCCGGACCAAGUGCAAGAGGAACAGCACAAAAAGUCGUUCAUGUGCCAUUCAGAGCAAUAAGAAUUUGAAAAAGAGUUUCACUUGUGAUUUUUUGAUGUACACUGUGCCCUGGAUGAACUAUUAUCAGCUUUGGAACAACUCCUGUGUGGAGGUCUAA